AUGCAGUGGAGAGUUAUGCAGCCUGUGGAAAUUCAGUCUGAAAGUGAGAUUCAAGACAUCAACUCAGCAUACAUCUUGGCGUCCAAAAUUUCAAAUAAGAAGAAGGAACCUGAACCCUCAACAUUCCACUCUAAUACACAAGUGAAGAACCAUGUGGAACCAGGGAGACCAACCAACCCACGUUUCUGCAAGAAUGGAGACCACGGCCCCAAUAGGAAGCCCUAG